GGAGGAUGCACUCCGGGGUCCAAGCGGCUUCCCCGAGCUCCGGUAUUUGCAAACGCUCUAGGCGGCGGCUAGCAGCUCCAGCUCGGGCAGCGGCGGCAUCUUCCGGAGUCCCGCGGCGAAGAUGCUCAAAGUCAAGGCGCCCUCCUGUUCCUCCUCGACCUGCUCGGUCAGCGCUAGUACCUCGGGGACUGGGAACGUCGUCCCAGAUUACUGGAUCGACGGCUCUAACCGGGAUGCUCUGACCAAUUUCUUCGACGUGGAGUCAGAGCUGGGACGGGGUGCUACAUCCAUUGUGUACAGAUGCAAACAGAAGGGGACCCAGAAGCCCUAUGCUCUCAAAGUGUUAAAGAAAACAGUGGACAAGAAGAUAGUAAGAACGGAAAUAGGAGUGCUGCUGCGCCUCUCGCACCCGAACAUCAUAAAACUUAAGGAAAUAUUUGAAACCCCCGCAGAAAUCAGUCUGGUCCUUGAGCUCGUCACGGGAGGAGAACUGUUUGACAGGAUUGUGGAAAAGGGGUACUACAGCGAGCGAGAUGCUGCGGAUGCGGUGAAGCAGAUCCUGGAGGCGGUUGCUUACCUUCAUGAAAAUGGGAUUGUCCAUCGUGAUCUCAAACCGGAGAACCUUCUCUAUGCAACGCCAGCCCCAGACGCACCACUCAAAAUUGCUGACUUCGGACUCUCUAAAAUUGUGGAACACCAAGUGCUCAUGAAGACAGUAUGUGGAACCCCGGGGUACUGCGCACCUGAGAUUCUCCGGGGCUGUGCCUAUGGACCUGAAGUGGACAUGUGGUCUGUAGGAAUAAUCACCUAUAUCUUACUUUGUGGAUUUGAACCAUUCUAUGAUGAAAGAGGUGAUCAGUUCAUGUUCAGGAGAAUUCUGAAUUGUGAAUAUUACUUUAUAUCCCCCUGGUGGGAUGAAGUAUCUUUAAAUGCCAAGGACUUGGUCAGAAAACUAAUUGUUUUGGAUCCCAAGAAACGGCUGACUACAUUCCAGGCCCUCCAGCAUCCGUGGGUCACAGGGAAAGCAGCCAACUUUGUCCACAUGGACACUGCUCAGAAGAAGCUCCAGGAAUUCAAUGCUCGGCGCAAGCUUAAGGCAGCAGUGAAGGCUGUGGUGGCCUCCUCUCGGCUGGGAAGUGCCAGCAGCAGCCACACCAACAUCCAGGAGGGCCAGAAGGGCAGCCCAGAUUCAUCUCCAUCCCAAGAUGUCAAGGACAACACAACACUUCCGGAAAAGGAAAGGCAAGAAGCGGCCCAACGGGCAGAUGAGGUUACUGAGGGUGAGAUGAAGCAGCCGUCCACGGAGCAGGAGAAAGAUGCAGAUGCAGAAGAGGUGGAAGUCACCUUGAUAGUGCCUCCACUCCCGGAGGAUGACAUGAAGACGGAUGACCCAGAGGCAGUGAGGAGCUCUGAGGAGAACCUCCAGACUUUCGAGGAAGAAACAGAUCCCACCGAUGAGGAGGAAGACCCUGAUGAGGGGUUUGGGGUCUCAAAGCAGAAUGUGAAUCUGCCAGAGUACUAAGCUGGCGCCCUUUAGGUCCAGAGACCAACCCCAACAUUUUAUGUACUUUUCAGCAAGGAAGGUGGGAAAGCAUGAUACGCACGAUAGUGAUUCUGUUUUGAGGUGCAAAAACCCCCCAUAUAUACCAGUUGGUAAUCCUAACUUCAGUGCAUGUGUUUGCUUUAUGAAAUAAUGGUGUUUUCUGCGGCAUGUAACAGAUACCUGAUACCAAUGAGUUAAAACUGACAUAUCCAACAAAGAACACAACACUUAAAAACCAACACUCUCAGCUGUUGGUGGCACAUAUUUGAGGUACAGUGGCAAACUGACUUUUCUUUGAGAGCUUAGGCAUCCUACACCCUCAGAAGUCUUCAGAGAUGGUAAUUCCUUUGAACUCAACUGAAACCAGCUAGAGUUACAAGGCACUUCCCCCAUGACUUUCCAGACACUCUCAGUGGGUUUGGCUGGGUAGAGGGGGUGAUUAUAAAAGACAAGUGUGGAGUGUGCAAAAACAUCCACAGUGUUGAGAAGCUGAAGCGUUCUUACAAGGCCCUGAGUCUAUAGCCCCCUCAAGUGUAUGCAGAGAAUGUCACAUUUUGUUCUUAAGAACACUACUUAAGAAUACUUAUAAUGUUCAUCAUAAAAUUCUACCAGUUCACAAUUCUUGGGAAGUGAAUUCCUUAA